AUGGCCCCGCCGCCCGCCUCCAGCUCGUCGCUGCCGCUGCCUCUGCUCGUGUUGGCGCUGGCGACCGCCGCCACCCUCUGCGCGGCCGUCGUCGACAUCGUCGAGCACACACCUGAGUACAUUCGCCCAUGUCCGCGGAAGGACCCGAAUGCCAAUGGUUGCAUCAGGGAACUGUUCCAGCACAUGUUUCCUUAUCUAGCAAAAGGCAUUCCCGAGAUCGGCGUGGCGCCGUACGAGCCGCUGCGCAUCCCGCGCCUGGCGCUGAGCAAGGGCCAGGGCGCAGUCCUCAUCUCGGGCAGCUUCUCCGACAUCGUCGUCCGGGGGCCGUCCAACGCCACCACCACCUUCGGCAGGCUGGACACGGAGCAGCAGCGCCUCGAGUUCGGCCUGCAGAUCCCGGACCUGCGCCUGGAGGGCAACUACGACCUCAAGGGCCACAUCCUGCUGCUGCCACUCGUCGGCAACGGGCGCGCCACCCUCAGGCUCGGCAAUACGACGACGACGGUGUCCACGAGGUACGUGGUGGAUAGCGUUCGUGGCCGCGAUGUGAUGCGCAUCGUCACCAUGAAGGUCGACUUCACCGUCGCAUCCAUGCACAUACAUCUCUACAACCUGUUCAACGGCAACAAGGUGUUAGGGCACACGCUGAACACUUUCCUCAACAAGAACGGGCAGGAGGUGCUGGCGGACUUGGAGGAACCCUUGGGCGAAGCGCUCAGCGAGGUGUUCAUCGACCUCGUCAACCAGAUCUUCACCCACAUCCCGCUCGACAUCUGGCUGCCCUCUGGCGGGAGACGAUAGCUGCAGUGGGCGCCGACGAUGCGGCCGUUUAAUCCCGAAUCGUCGUUAGCCAAUUCAACCUCCCUGGCCAUACUUAACAUUUACUUUGCAGCAGGCGGUAGUUUGUGAAGAACAGUUGCUUUUUUUUAGUUAGUUUGCCAUGCGACAUCGCUCGUGGUUGAAAAAGUGCCGAGAAUCACUAAUCUCUUAUUCUUCUGUGUUUUCAUUGAAACUCAAAUGCAAAACUCAACUGCAUUUAUCAGCCAGGACAUUAUGACCACCUACAUAAUAGCCGGCAUGUAUACCUUUACAACGGAUAACAGCUGCGACGCAUGGUGACAUGGAAGCAGUGAGGCUUUGGUAGAUCGCUGGGUGGAGCUGGUACCACAUCUGCACACACAAGUCACAUAAUUCCCUUGAAUUCCUGGGAGGGGGACGAUAAGCUCUGAUGCCAUGUUCAAUCACAUCUCAGGUCUGGUGAGUUGGGGGCCAGCACAUCUAUUGAAACCCACCGCUGCCGGCCUUGUGACAUGGCGCAUUAUCUUUCUGAAAAAUGCCAUUGACGUGGGGAAACAUGAUCGUCUUUAAGGGGUGUACGCUGGUGUACGAUACUCCUUGGCCGUCAUGGUGCCUUGAACGUGCCCCACUGGACCCAUGAACACCCACGCGAAUGCUCCCCAGAGCAUAAAAGAGCGGCCGCCUCUUUGCCUCCGUCCAGCAGUAGAGGUGUCAAAGAGCUGUUCCUCUGGAAGGCGACGGAUUCACGCCGUUCCAUCAGAAUUGUGAAGAAGAUAUCGGCAUUCAUCGGACCAUGCAACGCUCUGCCACUGUGCCAUUGUCCAGUGCCGAUGGUCACGUGCCCAUGUCAGUCGUAGUUGCCGACGUCGCGGUGUAACUUUGGCACAUUCAUGGGUCGUCGGCUGCGGAGGCCCAUCGUUAGGAGUGUUCAGUGCACUGUGUGUUCGGACACACUUUUAUUUUAUUUUUUUUCUUUAUUGUAAUUUUAAUCACCUCAUACAAGGCGGGCUGGCAGCAGCUUAAUACGCUGCUCUUCAGCCUUAUGGGGUACAAUAAUAUGAUAUAGGUGACACAGACAAUACAAAAAAUGGCGGGCAAAGAAAGUAGUUACAAAAAACAAAAAACAAGAAGCCGUUCACGUUGGACGAUAAAAACACUAACACUUGUUGACACGGCGCACAAAACACGGAGAACGGCGACGGCACAUGUGAACAGUACACACUUUUACUCUGCCCAGCAUUAAAGUCUGAUGUUAGUUCCUCCAGUUCACCAGUCUGCCCAGCAUACGAUGUCCAACAUAUGUAAUGAGGAGUGGCCGUACAACCCCACGACGUCUGGAUGCUGUUUUACUUUGGUUUCUCUACGUGUGGAAGACACUCACCACAGCAUUCCUCGAAGCCUGACAAGUCGUGCAGUUUCCGAAAUGCUUAUUCCGAGCCUACUGGCCUUCACCGUCUGACUUCGCUCAAACUCAGAUAGAUGGCGCGUCUUCCCCAUUCUACAGACGGACAGCACGCUCACUGAUACCACAUGCACCAUACGUAUGUCUGACUAGCAGUGGCUCCUUGCAGAUGAAGCUGCUGUCGCCUGAACGGGUCUACAUAGGUACUAGGUCGGUGGUGAUAAUGUUCUGGCUGAUCAGAGUACUCCUGUACGUAUUUAAUUUUACGCUUUGGUUGCGACAUCUGGAACGGAUCUCGUAUUGAUUGAUUUACAGAAGACUUAUUUACAUGAUUGUUUGAGACUGUUCGCUGCAGAUUACCGUCCAGCCACUGGUGAAGUUUAUAGGUGUUGAAUAUGGCUUCCAGCUAUGCUGUGAGAUACUGCAACUAUGCAAUGCGUAUCUUCUUUGCAUAGAUGUCUACACAAACGUCGUCCCAUUUGAACGAUAAGUGUUACCACAUUUCUUUGUUCAGUCUGAAAUAUUCUUACGAUGAAAUAAUCAGAGAAUUCAUGCUACCAAGGAGAAGAGUCUUACAAUUAGUUGUACCAUGAAGAAGCUUGGUAAUAAUCGUUUCCACAUCAGUCACUGAAUAUUGUAUCUUUCUGAAGCAAAAUGUUACAAACAGCUGUUUUACCUUUUUACGGAAAUACGCAAUGACCACUUUCCUAAAGUGUUUCAAAUCAAUAGUCCAGUGUUACUAUCACAUCGCCACAUUAUCCAUGCACACAUUUACGCCUAUAGCCCGUAACUCCCAUAAGUGAUAGUCUAAAAUACGUACCAAAGAGCGUUCUUUAUCCUUUCGUUCUUUCUGUAACUGUAAACGGAUGAAGCAUAGGAAAAAGAAUUAUUCAUGCAUGACUGUUCCUGUUGUAAUAAUGUUUUCAUUUACUAGUUGUACGUCAUACACGAGUAUGUCAUAUGUAAAUA